UGACGUAGUUCCUGCAACGGCGAUAAUACACUUGUGUUCAGAAGAAAGAACUGCAUUCAUAUAUCACUGAAAAUGCUUAUUACAGUAAACUAGGAACUUGAUCUUGGUAAAAUUAGCUUGAAAACAUUUAAUUGGACAUUCCGUAAUUUUUGGAAGGAUGUUUUACUUCGGAAAUGCAUUAUUGGAUCAUUGUGUUCUUUUUUGCAUCUGGUAGCGUAACAAUUUCAGUCCGGUCACAACUGUGAACAGCCGAGUUCGAGACCGAGCUACGGAGUUUGCCUUCUAAGCUUGGCUUGUGUUUGCCAAAACCACAGACAUUGUAUUUGUAGUCUACCCCAAAUCUUGGUCUGCUCAUGUUGUAAUUAUAAAUUUAAAUUGUUCAUAAGACGUUAAUACUUCUUCUUCCUGCAGUAAAUUUGAAAAAGAAUAACCCACUUUAUUUGACUUGAAGCUUGCCAACAUUUUAAUAUUGGCCUACUGGAUCCCUUAGCUAAGACUGGCUAAGUAGAGAAAUUCAGUUAGCUGGUGAACCAGGAACACACUGCCCUUCAUUAUUCCACGUCACUAUUCAAUUUGUACAAGAGCUAGAUAUACAACAUCAAUUAAAAUCAAGAAUGCCGAUGGCCCAGCAAUUGGACUCGACAGGUCUUGCAGAACUAGCUCACCGGGAAUAUCAGGCUGGUGAUUAUGAACGUUCAGAACAACAUUGUAUGCAGCUUUGGCGCCAAGAACCUGAUAAUACUGGUGUUCUCCUUUUAUUAAGCUCAAUACAUUUUCAGUGUAGGAGAUUAGAAAGGUCCGCUUACUUUAGCCAGCUUGCUAUUAAGCAAAACCCUAUGCUAGCUGAAGCCUACUCAAAUUUAGGAAAUGUUUUUAAAGAACGCAACCAACUGUCUGAAGCUUUAGAAAACUAUCGCCAUGCUGUUAGACUGAAACCAGAUUUUAUAGAUGGCUACAUCAACUUGGCUGCUGCUUUGGUGGCUGCUGGAGACAUGGAGCAAGCAGUACAGGCUUAUGUUACAGCAUUACAGUACAAUCCUGAUUUAUAUUGUGUCAGGAGUGAUUUGGGAAAUCUGUUAAAGGCACUUGGUCGCUUGGAUGAAGCAAAAGCUUGUUACCUGAAGGCCAUAGAAACAUGUCCAAAUUUUGCUGUUGCAUGGAGUAACUUAGGCUGUGUCUUUAAUGCUCAAGGGGAGAUAUGGUUGGCCAUUCAUCAUUUUGAAAAGGCUGUUGCUUUGGACCCCAAUUUUUUAGAUGCUUACAUCAAUCUCGGUAAUGUCCUGAAAGAAGCAAGAAUUUUUGACAGAUCUGUUGCAGCUUACCUAAGAGCUUUAAAUCUAAGUCCUAAUCAUGCAGUUGUACAUGGAAAUUUAGCUUGUGUUUAUUAUGAACAAGGGCUCAUUGAUCUAGCUAUUGAUACAUACAAAAGAGCAAUUGAUCUUCAACCAAAUUUUCCAGAUGCAUACUGUAAUUUAGCAAAUGCAUUAAAAGAAAAGGGACAGGUUAAAGAAGCUGAAGAAUGUUACAAUACAGCAUUAAGACUUAGCCCAACUCAUGCAGACUCACUCAAUAAUCUUGCAAACAUAAAGCGUGAACAGGGCAAUACAGAAGAAGCAGUAAAACUCUACCUAAAAGCAUUGGAGGUUUAUCCAGAGUUUGCAGUCGCCCAUUCUAAUCUUGCAAGUGUUCUCCAGCAACAAGGAAAGCUGCAUGAAGCAUUAAUGCAUUAUAAAGAAGCCAUAAGAAUAUCCCCAACUUUUGCUGAUGCAUAUUCCAACAUGGGUAACACACUUAAGGAAAUGCAAGAUAUUCAGGGUGCUCUUCAAUGUUAUACACGAGCUAUACAAAUCAACCCAGCCUUUGCAGAUGCUCACAGUAACUUAGCUUCAAUACACAAGGAUUCUGGCAACAUUCCUGAGGCUAUUGCAUCUUACAGAACUGCCUUAAAGCUAAAGCCAGAUUUUCCAGAUGCAUAUUGCAAUCUUGCACAUUGUUUACAGAUUGUUUGUGAUUGGACUGAUUAUCCCAGUCGCAUGAAGCGGUUGGUACAAAUUGUCAAUGACCAGCUCGAGAAGAAUCGCCUCCCAUCUGUUCAUCCCCACCAUAGUAUGCUGUACCCACUUACUCAUUCAAUGCGAAAAUCUAUUGCUGCUCGACAUGCUAGUCUGUGUUUAGAGAAAAUCAAUGUCCUUCAUAAACCUCCUUACCAUCAUCAAAAAGAGCGUCUAUCAAAUGGUGGGCGUCUUCGCAUUGGCUAUGUCAGUUCUGACUUUGGAAAUCACCCUACCUCACACCUCAUGCAGAGUAUACCAGGCCACCAUGACCAAAGUAGAGUUGAGAUAUUCUGUUAUUCUUUGAGUCCAGAUGACAGCACUACCUUCAGACAAAAGAUUUCUCAAGAGGCUGAGCACUUCAUUGAUCUGUCAAAAAUUCCAUGCAAUGGCAAAGCUGCAGAUAAAAUUCAUGCAGAUGGUAUUGAUAUCCUAGUCAACAUGAAUGGUUACACUAAAGGUGCAAGAAAUGAGUUGUUUGCACUGAGACCUGCUCCUAUCCAGGUAAUGUGGCUUGGGUAUCCUGGAACAUCAGGAGCCUCUUUCAUGGACUAUAUCAUCACAGAUAAAAUAACAUCUCCAUAUGAGCUGUACUCUCAAUACUCUGAAAAGUUGGCCUUUAUGAAAGACACUUUCUUCAUAGGUGAUCACAUGAACAUGUUCCCUCAUAUGCAGUACCGUUUGGUGUUGAGAGUAACAGAUUCUAAUGGACAACCUACAAAGUCAAUCAUGUAUUUGAAUGCACUUGAUCUGGAGCCAAUCAAAUCUUUAGCAAAUGCUGUAGAGGAAGUGACAUACACAGCUCUUCCUGGAGCUACAACAGAUGAACCUGAUGGCAGUCCAGCUACCAUCACAAGCACCAUCAUUGAGCUGCCACACUCUGUUGUUCAGUCCUUUCAGACAAUGAUUGCUUCUAAUCAGGCACAGAUCAUGGUGAACAACAUUAUUAUUCAGAAUGGUCUGACUACAAACCAGACUAACAACAAGUCUGCCACUGGUGAAGAGAUACCACGCUGUGUCAUUUUGUCAUCUAGACUACAGUAUGGACUGCCAGAUGAAGCUGUUGUGUAUUGCAACUUCAACCAGCUUUACAAGAUUGAUCCUGCCACCUUAGAGAUGUGGUGUGAGAUCCUCAAACAAGUUCCAAACAGUGUUUUAUGGUUACUGAGGUUUCCUGCUGUUGGUGAAACAAAUAUUCAUCAAACUGCUCAAAACUAUGGUCUUUCACCUGGCAGGAUCGUCUUCUCCAAUGUAGCACCCAAGGAGGAACAUGUUCGACGUGGUCAAGUUGCUGAUGUUUGUCUUGAUACACCUCUGUGUAAUGGCCAUACCACAGGAAUGGAUGUCUUGUGGGCUGGUAUACCCAUGGUUACUUUCCCAGCUGAAACCCUAGCAUCCCGAGUGGCCUCAAGUCAACUUCAUUCAUUGGGAUGUCCUGAACUUGUGGCUGACACAAGAGAAGAAUACAUUAAAAUUGCUGUAAGACUAGGACUGGACCAACUGUAUUUACAAGGCAUGAAGGCAAAAGUCUGGAAAGCUCGCACCACAAGUCCACUAUUUAAUACCAAGAUUUAUGCCAACAACCUGGAAAAUCUGUUUGAACGCAUGUGGGAACGCUAUGAACAAGGAUUGGAGCCAGAUCACUUGAUAAAACCAUGGAACAUUGCAAAUGGCUCAUAGAGCAUCCUUGUUUUGUAAUUUUUACAUUAGAUUAUGGCUUUCAACUUAUUUUGUUUAAUAUUGAGCAGUAAAUGAGAGAUUUGUCCAUUAUUGUAUUCCAAUGAUUUGUCUUUCUUUGGGUUUUUUUUUUCUCUGAAUAAUUCAUUCUACUUGGGGUGUGUAGUCUCACACAGCAAAUGAUUUCUUUUUUUUUUACUGUAUAUAUUUAAUGUAUUGGUUUGGAGUUUUCCUUUUGUAAAAAAAGUUGUAAUUGCCCAUAUUCAGAAACAAAAUAGAUGUACAUAUAUUUAUAGUUGUGCAUUUGAUGUGUUCAUAGCUGUAAAAAUCAGUUGUAUGGUACCUGAGAGCAAACACUGUAAGCCAAGUGUUUUCAUUGAACUGCUCAUCAAUGUAUUUGAGCUUUUUGUACAUAACUGCUUAGUCUGUGGAGACAAUAAAAUUUUGGUGGAGACA